CCAGGAUUGAAGCGGUCUGGUCUUCGAGAUAUGACAAGGAAUCAUGGGUGGCAGUCGUCACGACCCACGAUGAUAGCGCCAGUCUGACCUUUCAGAGUUCCUCCGACAGGCCUUCGGACGCACCGGCUUCCAAUGUCGCCCCUGAUGAGCUUCCGAUCAGCUCGGCAAUGUGGCACUUAAAAUGAGAAGAGCACUAACGUUCUUAUACCUGGGAGCAAGCAACCAGUGUUGGCAAAAAAUUGAAGGCUGGGGUAUGGCCAACGCGGAUCCGACGUCGAUCGUGCUGCAAGAGCCUCGCUCCAAGAACGCGAGCACGUACUUUGAGGUUCUGGUCAUGCUGUUCGACCCGUCGAAGGACCCGACGUCGCUGCACGGCGGCAUGGUCAAGCCCGUGUACUACGCCGUGUAUGCAAAGUACCUGGCGAAAACGCUGAUAGCGCUGUGCAAGGUGGGCAUCAGAGCGUACCAGCUGUCGACCCAGGAGGAGCCGAACUACGGGCCGGCCAAGUGCGCCGGCACGAUGAUCAACGCUGAGGUUGAGGCGGACAUUGGCGAUCUGGUGCGACCACAGUUCGACCAGAACGACUUACACGAUACAGGUCUGCUCGUGCUGGUCCACAAGUGGGGCUCGAAGAUCUACGCGAUUGACUUCCUCAAUCACAGCCAGUCGUUCGCCAUUGUCAUUCGCUUUACCGAGUGCACGAGGUUCAUGCAGUACUUCCACGAGCCGUGGCCCAAGACGCGCGGUCAGGUGCUGAUCACGAGCACGAUCAACUACCGAAUGCAGAACGUGAUCCUGGAACGCGACGCUGCGUGCGGACGAGAACCAGUUCACGGGCCUGACGCUGCCCAACGCCUACACAACUGCCUAGCGUCGGUGCUGGUGCAUGCCGACGGGUCGUACAUGCUCACUUCAACCUUUGCGACGAUCGCGCAUGGCUCCCUCGCCACGGGGCUGCGCGACAUGGAGAUGUAGGUCGUCAAGAUGCGCAUCAAUUCCACUGCCGGUGAGCCGCUUGCACACUACGUUCUUGUUAUGUGCCAGUCGAUGUCUGUACGUGCGAGCUGACUGAUAGGCGGUGUGCUACGUAUUGUACGACCGCCCACGCAUCCGUCUUUGCACUGCCAUGGUCAAUCAAAAUGGCGCGAAAAACGCACGAGACGAAAGAAGGGCACGUGGCCACAGGAGAAGAGUCACCUUUGAAGGAGCUGAAUGGCUUCUGCGGCCUUCUGGCUAAGUGGUUGAAGUCCAUUCGUUGUUGCACGUUUCCAUCUUGUAACUAUGCUAUUUUAAAACUUUUCUGUCUCUAGC